AGGAGAUGAUGAAGAGGUUUGAACAGCAGCAGGCUGACAUCCAAUUGCAGCUGGAGGAACUAAAGAAACCAGCUCCACCCCCACCUUCAUACUUUCAUGAGACUGUGGAAAGCAUCCUCAGCCGGAUGGAUGAAACAGAUGUAAGGCUGCUUAUGCGGGUGUGGUCGGCACGUACAGGCAAACAGGAAAGUCCAGCGGUGGCCGCGAUUCCAGCUGACUGGAUAAAGGACAUGAUGAAGAGUGACUACAAGUACACCACAGCUGGUAACCUCAGUAUACUGGAAAAGGACAUGAUGGCAGCUGGGAUCAGCUUUCCUGUUAUUGUACGAGACAUCCCAGCUGUAUCAAAGGAAUUGAAGUACACACGGGCAACAGUGGCUGAAGUAGGACGCAAAGGCGGAGAAUUGGAGAUUCCUGGUUUUGUCAAACUUUUUGUACCACCAGGCGUCCUUCAACAUGACACAAGGAUAACCAUAUCGACCGUAGAUGUUGCUGCUAUCCUCAGGGAUCCUGAGAGCGUAAACUGGCUCUCUGGCUACCCCUGGUCCCUAGGCGAGGACGCCUGUCCACGUGAGCUACUGGGUCAGAUGCUGUUCUCCCCAGCGUUUAAUGUCAACAUGCACGGUGCACAGCUGAAUGGGCCAGUGGAGGUGCAAACGUGGCUACACCCAGGCUCUGAAGGGAUGAGGUGUGUCAUUCUAAAGAAUUGUGAUGGAGAAGGCUGGGUAGAUAUCACAUCUUCAACAGAGUACCAGAUAAACCAGCACAAAAUAUCAAUUUCUUUGAAAAAGUUUUGUCCUAUUAUGACCGGAUGGGCUCCCGCGGAUGCUGCAAUCUCAUCAGUACUACAGACAAUGGCCGGGGCUCUAUCAUCAAGAACUUUAGAUUGUCGGUUUGCAGCACACAUAAAUGCCAGUCCGGAGGAUGUCCAGUUCCAUGUUGUCUGUAGAGAUCGGCGUGUACAGACAGAUCAGUACCACCCAGGUUUCACCAAGUGUGGGGGCAAUGCAGCAAUGUUCGAUCUUUUCAAUGGUGAUGUAAUUGACAUUGCAGUAAGUAUCCGCGAAGGACAGGAAUUAUUCAGGCAGAUUGAACUACGAUCCAAUCAGUGCUGCGACAAAUACGGUCAGAACGUUCAAAUGUUGCUGGACAGACCGAAUGGAAACCGUGUCAAGGGUGAAGUGGACGUCAAUAAGGUUCAAGGGCCAUCAAAGCGGACUGUAUGUCAGUUCGUUUUCAAAGAGGAAGGUGACAUCUUACAGAGUAUCACCACACCGCCAAUGGUCCCCUCUCAAGAACGAACGAGCAUCAACCCUCUGUCUACCACAGUGCGAGAUGAUGGAGCAGGGUCUAGUGGGUUUGGGAGGGACACACAACCAACAUCUGCAGUGCGAGGAAAGAAGAGGAGACGAUCAGAAAGUCGGAGAGAAGAUGAUGGAGCAGGGCCUAGUGGGGUUGGGAGGGACACACAACCAACAUCUGCAGCUGAUCAUGACAUGCAGGUAUGCUUUGAGAAAGUCAUUGCCGGUGUCAGCCGCAAGUGGGAUGACCUGGCCCGGAAGCUAGGCUUCAAUGAGAACCAGAUAGAUGACAUCCAUAACGUCAAGUUAGACCAGGGCCGCAGGUGCAGGGAGAUGCUGCGCAGGUGGAGAGACAGGGAGGGAAGUGAAGCUACUCUAGAGGUUCUAAAGCAGGCACUCAUCAACAUUGGUGAACGGCUGACUGCAGAGAGCUUGUGA